AAUCCAAAGCGUGAUUUUAAUUGAUGUUUAUUAUUUUGUGGAGCCUAAUGCAAACAUAAUCAUAUGGAUCCAAGUUAUGAUUUUUUUAAAAGUCCAUAACAACGGUAUUUUUCAUUCGUUACAGAGUUAGUUUAGUCGGCGUGAGGCUCAAGCCGAGUGAAAGCAAACUUGUCAGUUUCCCCGGGGCAGGUUCGACUCCCGGGGAGACUUGAGCCGUGUCUGGGGUCGACCACGCCCCCGUCGCGUGGUGAUUGGCUGCCGAGCUUUUCGCCGUCAAUGGCGUCAAUACAAUUCAAAGAAGUUUUGCACAGACAGCGCCUGACACUUGUUGAGAGAACCGGCCAAAAAAGACAACACCUCCACCUCCACCUCCGGCCGGCCGGCUUCGCUGCACCCCUCACCGGGAGUGAUGAUCGAUCCCGAGUCCCAUCAGCAGAACCAGCAUCACUCCUCCGCACCCAAAGGCGCCCAGGAGCCCGCCGACAUGGCCGUGUACUGCGACUCCCUGAGCGGCAUGUACCACCACCACCACCACCACCACCAUCACCAUCCCUCCCACCACCACCACCACCAGCAGCAGCAGCAGCCGCCUCAGAACCUCCAGCCCCCCGCUCACCGAGCCGCCGGCUUCGGCCUGGCCGAGUACGGCUCCCCGCCCAGCCCGUACCUGUACUCGUACUCGGCGCUGAUCGCCAUGGCCAUCCAGAACGCUCACGACAAGAAGCUGACGCUCAGUCAGAUCUACGCCUACGUGGCCGACAACUUCCCCUUCUACAAGAAGAGCAAGGCCGGCUGGCAGAAUUCCAUCCGACACAACCUGUCGCUCAACGACUGCUUCAAGAAGGUGCCCCGCGACGAGGACGACCCCGGCAAGGGAAACUAUUGGACGUUGGACCCCAACUGCGAGAAAAUGUUUGACAACGGCAACUUCCGGCGGAAGAGGAAGCGAAGGUCCGACCCCUCUUUAGCGCCGGCGUCGGGGGCCACCAAGAUGGAGGACGGCGCGCGGGCUCCCACGCCCAAACCCUGCGACAGCCCCCAGCUCCUGGGCCCGCCCUCGCCCUCGGACAUGGACGCCCUGAGCGAGAGCCUCAAGACGCCGUCGUGCUUGAGCAACUUUUACGGCGGCAUGUCCACCCUGGCGGCGACCGGCGGGCGACCGGCGGGGCCGCUGGGCCUGCUCAACGAGCUGUCCAGCAGGAACAUUAGCGCCUUGCAGGGCCCGUACCAUGCGGGCGGCCAGCAGGACUCGGCCGGGUCUGAGCACGGCGCCGAGGGGCUGCACUUCAACCGCGGCGUGUACUACAACGCCUUUGGAGGGGGGCAGGGCGGACAGUUCAACAGCCACUUGUACAACAGCUUCAGCGUCAACAGCCUCAUUUACCCCCGAGACGGGGCUGAGCUAUAG